GUUUCCGCCACGAAUGGAUCAUCACCGUCGCCUGCCCUCAGAUCAUCGCCGUCUGCCGCCUACCGAGGUCAACCAAGGACAACGAUGGAUCACCACCGCUUGUUCAGGUUCUCGCUACGGGUGCCUCAUCUGCGUCGCCGAUCCAUGGAUCAUCGCUGCUGCGCGCCGACCGGGACCACCACAUACACAAGAUGGCCGACCACCGCUCUCACGGGACACAGAAGAAACAAGAAAACAGUCCACACAUAGCAUCAUAUAAUAUCCGCACAAUGAGGUCCGAAGAACACCUGAUAAACCUUGAGAAAGAACUGCAGAACAUUAAGUGGGACGUACUAGAGAUCAGCGAGAUGAGGCUCAGCGGUGAAGCAGUCACUAUCCUAAAAUCAGAACAUCUGUUGUUCCAGAGGAACUCCAACGAAAAUUCACACAUCGGUGGCGUGGCUUUCAUGAUCCACAAGAGGAUGAUGAAACACUUCAUUACCAAGACAAAAGCGAUCUCGGACAGAGUCAUUUAUAUAACGCUUAAGAUCAACAUGCAGAUAAUACAAGCAUAUACACCCACUUCUGCCUCGACAGACGAGGAAAAUGAGACGCUCUAUGAAGAUCUGACGGCCGCAAAGAAUACAGAGAAGGCCAAGUUCAUCAUCAUAAUUGGCGACUUCAAUGCCAGGGUUGGAGCAAGAGCUGCAACAAAUCUGUCGUAUGUCGGCGCCUUUGGCUUGGGUGAGCGAUACCGGAGAGGGCAAGCGAUGGUUGACUUUCUCAGUAAGGAGAAAAUAUACUGCCUAAACACCUUCUUCAAAAAACAUCACAAGAGAAAGUGGACCUGGAGGAGCCGAGAAAAUACAGUGAAAAACGAAAUAGAUUACGUUUUGGCAACAGACAAACGUAUGUGUACGGACGUCUCGGUUCUGAAUCGAUUUGACAUUGGCAGUGACCACAGGUUGGUGAGGGCAAAGCUCCAAAUAGACAUUCGGCUGGAGAGAAUUAAGGCGCCUGAUAGCUAA